AUGGCGGACCGACAGAUCACUCAGUCAACUAUCGUCACAUUGCUGUCGAAGCUCGAUGACCCCGAUGCCGACCUGAGAUACAUGUCGCUGAACGACCUCUAUGGAAUCUUGAACAAUCCAAAUUCCGCAUUCCUCGCCCAUGACCGUGGCACAUCAACGAGGCUCGCAGAAGGCCUACUCAAGGCUCUUGACGAUCAACAUGGUGACGUGCAGAACAUGGCACUAAAAUGCCUUGGCCCGCUCGCUGUUCGCCUGCCAUCCGAAUCCCUCACUCCUCUUCUCGAGCAGCUGGCUAGCUUGACUGCUUCCCAGACAAUAGACACAUCUGUACCAAAUACAGCCCUUCGCGUCAUCGUCGACACCCUCCCCCAUCCCCAGGCGGGCCAGCCUGCGCCCCAAAACGUGAUCACGGCAUACUCAGCGGUCUCAACUGUUCUCAUUCCCCGUCUGACUGGCCCGACGCCUUCCCCCUCAGGGAGACGUGGCUCAUUGGUGAGAGGCAUGAUGGAGAAAGAUCCGUCUCGCGGCUUCAGCAGCGAUGCUAUUGAUGUGCUCAUCAAGGUCGUGACCUGCUUUGGGCCUCUCCUUCAGGAAAGAGAGCUCGACGGGCUUCAAAUCUCAGUGAUGGCCAUAAUCCGAAAUGACACAGCCGGCACUGUGGUCACUAAGCGCGCAUUGACAGCCAUCUCGGCUCUUGUGCUCCAUUUCUCCGAAAGCCAGCUCAACAACUUCGUGGCCACUUUGACCAAAACCCUCUCCUCCAACAUCUCUCUCGUGCAGCGUCGACACUUGAUUGCUGCCAUCGGUGUUAUUGCACGAACGGCUCCUGCAAAGUUCGGUCCUCACCUGGAUAGUCUCGCACCUUUUGUGUUCUCCGCGGUUGGAGAGGAGGACAUCACACAGACCAACUGA